UUGUUUUGGUUGCUAAGCUAGGUGGCACAGGCUAUCACCUAAUAUAAAGGGUACAGCCGUUAGCAUCCACUUGUCUAUCCGGUUUUCUCCAGAACCGUAUUGGCCGUAUAUCAUAUACGGCUCUACCAGCUCUACCGUAUAUGGUUUUCUCAAGCUUGUCCUGGAAAGCCAGUUGUGUUGGUUGUGUCGUCGUGUUUCGUCGUCGUUCCCGCCAAUUCCUUCCGCACUGUUUUCCAAAACGAACUCCGGGGUUUGGGAGUACAUGCAAGCACUGUGAUGAGCUACUACAUAGUGGAAUUUCUCAAAGACAAGAGCACAUAUGUGGUGCCCUCUUGGUGGACUGCAAAGGAAGGAGAAAAAAUAACUUGUUUAUGGCCAUCAGAUGCUUCGAAACUAACCAUCUGUAAACUAAUCAAGAAAAAGGCCCCUACUCAAAGUACAUGGGAGCAACUGGAUAUUAGGAUUCUGCACACAAAAAACACUUUUGAAGAUGCCUUGAAAAAACUGGACACAGCUGAGCAAACGUCCGACUUAGAAACUGAAGACAGUGAAAUGGAGAAGCGGUCUAGGAGAAAGCGCAAAAGGAUUGUACUAUCCGACGAUAGUGGAAGUGAAGAAGUCAACGACUUUGACUUAUGGCCGAUGCCUUCUCCGCCACCUUACGCAUGCCCACCAGAGAGACACUCCCAGCCGACAAUGUCAACCCACUCAGGUACACCAAUGCCGUCGAGAGAGAGUGGAAUGUCAUUGCGCAACAGCCCUGAAAGACACUCCCAGCCGACCAUGUCGACCCACUCAGGUGCACCAAUCCCGUCGAGAGGGAGUGGACUGUCAUUCCGCAACAGCCCUGAAAGACACUCCGAGCCGACCAUGUUGACCCACUCAGGUGCACCAAUCCCGUCGAAAGGGAGUGGAGUGUCAUUCCGCUACAGCCCUGGUAUGGCAACGUUUGAGAAUGUUGAUCUCGGAAGUUAUAGUUUUGUUUUGUGUCGUGUCAUUCUUCAACACUUGAAACAAAACAUGGUCCUUAUUCAAUACUGCUACGCAGUGCUCAAAAAAUGCACAUUGAUCAAGCAGUCUUGUUCCCUGGCACGUACUGUAUUUGCAGAGAGACACUACCAGCCGACCAUGUCGACCCACUCAAGUGCACUGGGCCUGUCAAGGGAGCGUGGAGUGUUGUUGCAUGAGAGCUCUGAGAGACACUCCCAGCCGACUAUGUCGACCCACUCAAGUGCACCGGCCCUGUCGAGGGAGCAUGGAGUGUCGUUACACGCGAGCUCUGAACGACGCUACCAGCCAACCAUGUCUGCCCACUCAAGUGCACCGGCCCUGUCGAGGGAGCACGGAGUGUUGUUCCACGAGAGCUCUGAGAGAGACUCCCAGCCGACCAUGUCGACCUACUCAAGUGCUCCAGUCCUGUCGAGGAAGCAUGGUGAUGAUUACAACGCUUGCAGCAUCAGAAAUUUGUUGUUGAAGCUUCAGGCUCGUCAGCUGGCCUUUGAGGAGAAAGUGCUUCACAACCACGCCCAGAUACUUUCAGAAGUUAAACAAUUUCGGAGGAUGUUAGUGGCCCACGGCAAAACUUCGAAGCCCGUCAGGCUUCCUGAGGACUGCCCCAAAAUCCCAGCAACGAACAUAAGUGAACUCUUGGACAUUGAGAGAUACCUGGAAAAGGAAUCCAACAUGGAGGCACUGGUGCAUUUCUUUUCGAAAAAAGGGGGAAAUGACCACAACGAUUGCGUCAGGGCGGUUCUUGGGGAUCUGGUGGCCAACGAAGCAGCCCUUCAGCUGAGUUGGAAAGGGUCUGGCGGCACUAAAGGAAGCUUUCAGAAGUUUGAACAGAUACUGAGCCUCAUACUGAGUUCUGUAAAGGACCAUGACUGUGUCGGGACUGCCACACUAACCUCUGUAAAGAAGGUGGUGAAACCCUGGCUAGCAGGCGCGGGAGACAGACGUGGGGGACGUAACAGACGACGGAAGGCUUCCUGUGCGCCCGAGUGAACAUUGAAUCAAUGAAAGGCUUCCCAUGCGCUGAAGUGAAGGUUGCACUUAUCGUUUUGUUUAAUUUUUUUUAAUUAUUGCUGGUUUAGGUCACCAUUUCUCUUAAAUUCUUUAGAAUAUUUUAUUUAAUGUUGGUUUAGCUCACCAGUUCUUUGAACAUCAUUUUAAUUUUUUUUAAUUACUGCUGGUUUAGCUCACUAUUACUUUCAAUAUUCAAGACAUCUUUCUUUUAAUUUUUUCAUUCCAAUUAUCACAUUGUGUUUUAAAUUUGUUUAUUGCUGGUUCAACUCACCAUUUCGUUGAACAUUGCAGAUAUUGCUUCAUCUUAAUUUUUUUAUUUACUGCUGGUUUAGCUCACCAUUACUUUGAACAUUCCAGAUAUUGCUUUGUUUAAAAUAUUUUAUUUGUUGUUGGUCUAGUCCACUAUUUCUUAUUGUUGGUUUAGUCCACUAUUUUUUAUUGUUGGUUUAGUCCACCAUUUCUUUCG